UAAAAAUAAUUUUUUACUUUCGAUUUACCAGAAAUUCCAGAGAUAUGACCGAUCGAUGUGUCUGAUACACGGAAGUGAUAUUAAUCAGCAGUUUAAGAAAAGAGUAUGGGUAUACAGUAUGGACACAUCUUCAUUUUACUCUUUAUAUACGGAAAUGUAAAAGGUUCUCAUCAGUUAUCUACAAAAGACAAGAAUGCCUGUAAAUCUGACACAGGGAUAGAAUGUUGUUAUGGAUUUAUAUUAUCACAAGAUCGAUCCAGAUGUGAAGACUGCCCAGCUGGUCUAUAUGGUAAUAGCUGUUCAUAUAAAUGUCCGAAUGGACAGUACGGGGUUCGUUGUAGCUCAGAAUGCAAGUGUUCAGGGAACCAAAUUUGUGAUAGAGUCGAAGGAUGCAAAUUAAAAACCCGUUUCUGGAAAGCUUUGGUAACCAAUGGCGAGGGAAAGGAGAAGUCGACACGAUACUCUACAGAAAUUCAACCGACAAGACGACCCUCUACGUCCAUUGAGGAGGGGACAUCAGAUAUAGACACAGUAGUAUUAUACAGAUCACAGAAUAGGGAGGAAAAAACAAGUGUUGUUUAUGUUAUGUAUAGUAGCAGUGGCGCUCUUGCUUUUGCCUGCAUACUUCUCUUCCUAAUAGGAAUUAUCUUCAUUUUCAAACGUUUGGGCAGUUCCAAAAUUGUGCCUAUUUAUGAUGAGAUACCAGAAGAUCUGCUACAAAGUGACGUGGCGAUCAAUCGUCCAGUUGUCAGUCCCCAAAAAUGUGGCUACUACAACGAUAAUACUCACGUUCCGUUAUCAAAACAACAUUCUGGUAAUCUUGAGGGCUCCGAGCCUCCACCAUAUUACAAUGACAAGAAAGAUUACGACUAUGCGUACCAGAAAAGCGAUGACUAUUACCUAAACCCUUAUAAUAUUCUUCAAACGACGGGAUAUUCAGACCACUUAUAUCAUGAACUAAAAGAGUAAAGUGGAUUAUUUUUUUCAAUGUACUAUUGAUACAUCUAUUUUCGCUGUAGCUUAUGAUAGCAUAACUGAAAAUAUUUCAGGAAUUGCAAAACAUGUGAUAUGACCUUGAAACGAAGGAUCAACAUAUUUUGACUGAACAAAAUGGCCACUUAUUACUAUGAAUGAAAAUAUGUUUAAUAAUCAAUUGAAAUGGUUAAAGUACGUCCGUUCAGUUGUCUGACCAAAAUAGCUACAUGUAUAUGUAUUAUAUAUUACUUUUUGUCCUUUUGGAAUAGAUAUAUCAUUAUUUACCAGAUAUUACCAUACGCGGGUGUAUGUGCGAAUUCAAUAAAAUUAAAAUCAUCGAUCAUCGA